UGAUAUUCGAAACUGCAAGUGGAAGAGGAUUCAUUGGCCGAAAAGAAGGGAUAAAUCCGACGGAGAUAAGUUAAAAUCGGUAGUGGGAAGUACUGCGCAAAGCAAUUUUCCAAUUUCCAUCAGAUCUCCGUGCUGACGCGACGUGUAGGCGUUGAAUUUUUGCGCGAAAUCGAAAAUCCCGCAGCCCGCCGAUCCGAAUACUCCGCUAACGCGUCGCAAACUAAAUAUCUAACCCAGUUUCAAGGAAACCGAGUUUUCGCUUCAUUCUGAAUAUGGUGUCCGGAGGGAUGUCUUGCGUUAAAUAUUUGUUGUUCGCAUUUAAUUUGCUAUUCGCCAUAACUGGCAUAGCAGUCCUAAUAGUGGGGGCCAUAGUCUACAUCGGCUAUUCCCACUAUUCCCAUUUCGUCUAUUCCGGCUACCAUUCCAUACCGUUGGCUCUGAUAGUAGUAGGUGUCAUCAUCUUCGUGAUAGCAUUCUUCGGAUGCUGCGGGGCCGUAAAGGAAAACCACUGCAUGAUCAUAACCUUCUCCGUGUUCCUGUUGCUGAUUCUCGUUCUGGAGGUGGUCGUCGGGGUGCUGGGGUACAUCAAACGAACGGAUGUCGAGACUAUGCUGGAGGACCAAUUGAACAAGACCAUGCACAUGUAUUACACUAAGGAGGAUAUCAAGGAUUCCUGGGAUAUUGCGCAACAUGAGGCGGAAUGCUGCGGUGUAAGAGGCCCAGGGGAUUGGUACAACGUCACCCACAACAACGUCCUGCCGCAUACCUGUUGUCCCGAUACGCCCGACGAUAACAGUUGCACCACGGCCAGCAAGAACGUUUACCAAGCCUCCUGCGUGGAUAAAUUGAAGGGGAUCUUCAACAAGUACGGCGUCAUCAUAGGCGGCGUGGGGCUAGGUAUAGCCGGUUUGCAGUUGGUUGGAGUGAUUUUCGCUUGCUGCUUGGCCCGUUCGAUUCGCAAAGAAUACGAGACGGUGUAAAUGCGAGGAGACGUUUGCGCACCGUAAUAAUUAUAGCAUUUUACCCAAUCUAUAUAUUACAUAUAAUAUUCUGUCCACUGUUUCUUUGUUAGUAUCGAUACUAAUAAUUGUAUUGUAUUUUUGAAUCCGUUUGGACAGUCCUAGAUGACACGAUUCACGAACAAUAAAAUUACGGAGGUUUAUUUUGGAACAAUGGUGGGUGUUUGCGAGGGAUUAUUAAUUCAAAAAAACGAUGUGUUCAUGUAUAUUUGUCUAAAGAGUAACCCUAUUUUUCGUCGUGUUUAUAAUGGAGGUUUUAAUACGAAAUCAAUGACAAUUCGUUAAUUAUUAUGUGGAUUUUUAAGAAGUAUUCAGUAUUUCAGUAUUUUUUUAGUUUGUAACACAAUUUUGUAUACCAAAGUACAUUACUCACACGCGCAAGUCUGAUUUUUUACUCGAAUAUAGUACAAUUUUUAGUAGGAAUACCAAAAUUCGCGUCACAUUGUGUGUUUCGUCACCAGACUGAUUUGUUGAAUUUUCUCACCGUUUUCAACUUGUUUUUUUUCUCUAUUUAUUUGUUAGAUUUUUUCUUAGGUAGCUUAAGUAAGUUUUCUAAUGUUUUACAAUACGAAUCUCAGCAUGAAGAAUUACAAGAAACUGGUUUCUCAUUGUUUCAGCAAUAUUAGACAAGCAAUUCAACGGUAAACGGGCGGAAUUGUUUCGUAGGUCAAUUCAAUUAGCUUUCGAAUUUUGAAUUUUACGCUAUUCAUGUCGAUUUCGGAACCCAAGACUUUUUUCUAACGCCAAAAAAUACAUUCGAUUAAGGGAGUCAAUAAAAUAAAAUUUUUUAUAUACAAGGAAAUUAUUUUUUAAAAUUGUUUACCGCGUUUCUACUCGACUAUAAAAUGCUAUAUAGUUUUUCAGCGAAAAUAUAACCUUUACAUUAGUAGAAAGUAUAACAUUAUAAAAUGAAUGUUGGCAAGUGUUAUCCAGAAAUAAUUGAUUAUAAGAUGUUCGAAAUUGUAAAAUAACUGGCGAGUUUUUGCGCAGUGUUUUUUCUGGAUAGCACUAUUUUUUUAUAUUUUAAACCUAUAAGUCUCUUCGGAAUUGUAAUGUUGAAAUUGUUACGAUUUUCGAGGCAUGUGUUAGCGCUGUAAAUGUCUAAUAUUUUUUCGAAAUUUCUUCUAUAUUAAUGUGGUUGUGUACAGAUCUGUGUAGAACAAAAUUGCAUCUUUUGCCGAACUUUUUGGCUAUAUUAUGUGAAGAAAUAUUGUAUAUUAAUGUUAUUAAGAACAAUAAAUACUACUGUAAGCCAA